GGCACACGCUCACAGACCAGUACGUUCGGAGUCAGCAGGAGUAACGCUGUCCCACGGAACGCCCCUCCAGCCCGCUUCCUCGCCAGCUUGCCCCCGGCCCCAGCCCGCCUGUCCCAACACCAGCUCGCUCGGCUCCAGCAGCAGCUCGGCGCCCACCACGACCGCUUCCAAAGAGGCGGCCGCUCCAGCGGUACGCCUCGGUUUUACGCAGCUACAAGCUGAUAACAGAGCACCUGCCGCGGGCAAGAGCCGCCCCCGCCCUACGGCCGGGCUCAGGCCCGGGUGACCGCCGGAGGGCCAGCUCGAGAGGGAGGGAGGGAGGGAGGGAGAGCCGAGGCCCGCGGCGCCUGCUCAGCCCCAGCAGCCGCGGAGCGGGAACACGGGGCGUGAGGCGAAGGCCGCGACCAGCCGCCCCCUCGGAAGGGGGGAGGGGGCGCCCCCGCCAUUUUGAGACGGGCGCAGCGGACCCGCCGGCGACGCUCCCCCCGCCAUUUUACGGGCAGCCCCACGGCCCGUCGGGUGUGGGGGACGUGGCCUGGCCCGGCUCCACCCGCCGCCAGGCUGGUACCGGCCAGACCGCGCCCUCCGCCCCCUCCUAACUCAGGUAUCAGGUGAAACUGGUCGGGCAUGCGGGAGAGGCAGUGGUGGCCGGAGCGCGGCGGAAGGAUGGCUGGGCGCCGCGGGCUGUGCUUGCUGCUGCUCUGUGCGCUGCUGGCAGCCGCCGCUCCCGUAGAGAGUAGUGGAACCAGCAGUUCAAAAGGAAGAAGUUUUGCUGGCCAGAAAGUUCCAAAUACAAAUAAUGCCUCCGAAGAGUUAUAUGAAGUGGAUGAAUUUGCAGCAAAAGCCCUCACAGGAAAGUUGACUACAGUUUUUCUUCCUGUUGUCUAUAUCAUUGUCUUUAUGAUUGGUUUCCCAAGCAAUGCCAUGGCCCUCUGGGUCUUUUUUUUCCGAACAAAGAAAAAACAUCCGGCUGUGAUUUAUAUGGUUAACUUGGCAUUGGCAGACCUCCUUUUUGUUGUCUGGUUCCCACUGAAGAUUGCAUACCAUGUAAAUGGCAAUAAUUGGCUAUUUGGUGAAGGUCUCUGCAAAGUACUUGUUGGAUUUUUCUAUGGAAAUAUGUACUGUUCCAUUCUCUUUAUGACAUGUCUCAGUGUGCAACGGUAUUGGGUUGUAGUGAACCCCAUAGUGCAUUCAAGAAAGAAAUCUGAAAUUGCCUUGGGCAUCUCCCUUGCUAUCUGGAUACUGAUUUUUUUGGGCACCAUUCCAAUGUAUCUUGUUAAUCAGACAGCAUAUAUUUCAAAUCUUAACAUCACUACCUGCCAUGAUGUGUUGCCUGAAAAUGUUUUGGCUCAUGAUACGUUUAAUUAUUUCCUCUCACUUGCAAUUGGACUCUUCUUAAUCCCAGCUAUCCUCACUGCUGUUGCUUACAUACUGAUGAUUAAGACUCUCAAUGCUUCCAUCUCAGAUGUAAGUACUGCGAAGAAACGAAAAAGAGCAAUCAAACUCAUUAUUGCUGUCCUGUCCAUGUAUCUCAUCUGUUUCACACCUAGCAAUGUGCUGCUUGUUGUGCACUAUUUGCUCCUCAAAACGUACAGCCAGAGCUAUCUGUAUAUGUCGUACAUAACUGCACUGUGUCUUUCUACUGUGAACAGUUGUAUUGAUCCAUUCAUCUAUUACUAUAUUUCAAAAGACUUCAGAGACAACCUUAAAAAUGCUCUUCUUUGCCGAAGCGUGCGAACUACACGGAGGAUGCAAGUGUCUCUCUCAUCAAGCAGAUACCCCAAGAAGUCAAAUUCUUAUUCUUCAAGCUCGAACGGGACCACUAAAUCAACCUACUGAGUUUAAUCCUAGAAAAGUGAACUUUUAUUACUACUACUGAAAGGAUGUAAGUGACAAGAGAGUUAUUUUGUAUGAGAGAGUCUGAAGAAACGUCUCUGCUUUUUAAUUACAUUAAAGCCUGGAUUUCAGAACUGGCAGCUGCUUACCCUGUGUAGAACUUGUCAUCAUUUUUUUUCCUAGUCUAGUGGUAAGAUUUAUCUGCUUACAUUUCAGGUGCUCUGCAAAAAUGCUGCUGACCUGGAAGUGAGUUGUGGGUGAAGACAUUUUUGUUCAAUAUCAAAGUUGUUAAAAAGCAAACUGUCACUGGAAUGUCAUGUAGUGUUGCUAGUAUAUUUAAUUAACAGAGAAAUCUGUUUUGUUUGGCUUUAACUGUAACGUAUUAAACAGCUGCAUAUGUAGGACCUUGCUCUGUGUACCUGCUUGCACUGAACAUUAUUUGAAACGGUAGAGAGAAGGAAAGAAGAAUCCAUUUCACCGCCUUGGUAUAGACUGCUUAUUAUUUUCAGUAUAAUGUAAUUUUGUAUUGUUUUCCAAGUUACCAUGCUGUAAAUACUAACACAGCAAAAGCCUGUAAGGUUAUCCUAUUGAGUUGACAAGCUGAACUUGUUAUCAGCUAGCACCGAGAUAAAAUGUAAGUUGAGAUUUUUACAGUUACUUAGCACUUGCCAGUACAUGAUCUUAGGUGGGACUAUUUAACAAAGCUUGGAUGAAUAGCUAUUUGAUUUUUAUAUAAUGUGCCUUGUAUUUUUAAGAUACCGAAAUAAGAUUUUUUUAAUAACACGUUUGAGUUGUAUGCUUUCUUUUAUGCUUUUACAUGCUCUUCAAAAUGCUGAGUAGUUCAGCUUGCCUGGCUUCAGGUAACAAAGAUAUUAUUCCUAACAGUGAAUUAGAAGUCUGACAACUGUGGCUGUAAUGGCUAAAUGGGUUAAGUAAAAUCUACCUUAAUGACACAUUUCAUUAGAGUAAAACUGUUCCCUUAUCUUACUAGCAGAUAACUAAAACCAAGUGGUUCAGAACUGUGGGGGAAUAAUAAACAAACACAUUAACAAGAUAGCAAACUUCAGGCCCAGUGGAUUUCUGAAAUAUCUUAAGUCUUCUUCCCUCACCCAGAAUAUUUGUGACCCACUCAGAAAUAUGGAAUCACAUUUACUUUUAAUAUGAAAAGCUGAUGGGUAUAUGUUUGGUGGUAGGAUUUAAAUGCAUUUUUUUCAAAUCUUGCAGUCCUGGUAUGUUUCACCAAGUUGUAGAAUGAACUUGCAUCCACGUGACCUAUCUGAAACUCAGGCAUAGCUGGGUCCCUACAACACAAGCAAAUGGAAAAGCCCUCAGUCCAAAAAGUACUCUGAGACAGCUGGUGUAUAGAUAGGAAAUAUUUACCAUUUCAAAUAUGGAGAGUAAGGAAGGGGGUAGAUUGAACUGUGGCAAGAGUUUGAGCAGUCUUGCACAGCUUAAAGGCCAUAAAUAUUUAUAUAAUAAUUUUUUUUCUGUGUGCUAGUCUCUCCCUUCCCUUGUCUUGUUCUUUGGUUUCCAUGUUCUCUCCCUACUGCGGUAACAAGGUUUUUUUCCCCAUACGUAACAAAGACUAAGAGAUCUAUUUAAUGUGUUUGAUCUUAUCUCAAGGAUUAAUUAAGCUCUAGCUCUGUUAUCUGUUGCAGUCUUGUCUACUAACACUUAGCAGGUGCUUAGCAUGAAAGUAGGAUGUUCUGUGGUGGUAUUUCAGAGGUCCAGGCUAAAAUAGCAACUUAUAUUAACGAAUGGCUCAUUGAGGAGCAGAGAGUUACAGCUCUUUAGAAGACCUGGAACACAAAUGCUUCUCUGGCAUAAACAGUUUGCUCUUCCUGUUUCCUGACAAAUAUACAGGGAAAUAAUUGCUUAUUUAUUACUGAACUGAAGAGGUAAUGCAGCAUUGUUACUGGAAAAUAACUGUAUGUAAGAGGCCAUAGUUCACUGGAAGGAUUUGGGAAGAAGGGGUUGAACCAUCUUCACAAACUGCUGUCUGAACUCUUGCCUUAGCCUGUGUGUGAUAAACAGAAUAUGAGAAUGUCCUUUAUCUUGCUCAACAGCCUAGUGUGCUUCCUGCUCUGUGUAUGGUAGUGGAUAAUAUGAAGGAAAGGCAUCCAGUUCAUGUGAUUACAGCACUACCUGUGUUCUGCCAGGGGUCCAAGGGUUACAGGUUGUAUGUUGUAAAGAUGAUGAAUUGUCUGUGUGUGUCUAUAUAAUACCAGAAAGAUAACACUCAUGAUUCAUGGAUGACUGUUAAAUUGCUGAAAAAUAAUAUGCUUAAUAUAGCCAGUCUUUUGGUGGA